AUGACAUCGGCUUAUCGGCACAGGAAGGUUGAAAGUAUUGAAGACGCUUCUAAAUCCUACACAAAGUCAUCCAUUAGGAACGUUUGCUGGUGCCGAGGGCGGAGCUUUGGACGGAAGUUGAAUUUUGCACGUUUGGGAAUGAGUGUGUCGGGUAAGUAUUUCUCGCAACCUUACAUCUGUCGCCGUCGUCGUCGUCGUCGCUCACCAGAAUGCUUACCACCCGCGGCGUCACCCGCCUCUCACGGAGAGCGGCCAACAGUGCAAAAAACACAAGCCGGUUCAUUAACACCGCUGCUUAUUCUUUGUCGCGGGUUGCCGUUCCUUCCUCCUCCCAAAAACAAAACACAGCUGUUCGUCCUUCGCGUGCAUCAGUGCAGUAUGCACGGACAUAUGCAACGGAAGCGAAGGGAGCUGCUGGGACUGUGAAAACCGUCAUUGGUGCCGUCGUCGACGUUCAGUUUGAGACCGAUGCUCUUCCACCUAUUCUCAACGCACUGGAGGUUCAGGAUUUCCACGGUGGUCGUCUUGUCCUCGAGGUCGCAUCGCAUCUCGGCGAGAACUCCGUCCGUACCAUCGCUAUGGACGGUACCGAGGGUCUCGUCCGUGGCCAAAGGGUAGUCGACACCGGUGCUCCUAUUCAAAUUCCUGUCGGCACCGCAACUCUCGGCCGCAUCAUGAACGUCAUCGGUGAACCCAUUGAUGAGCGUGGUCCUAUAAAGGGUGUCAAACUCUCGCCAAUCCACGCCGACCCUCCUCCAUUUGUUGAUCAAUCAACCACUGCUGAGGUUUUGGAGACUGGUAUCAAGGUCGUCGACCUUCUUGCUCCUUACGCCCGUGGUGGUAAAAUUGGUCUUUUCGGUGGUGCUGGUGUCGGUAAGACUGUGUUGAUUCAAGAGCUUAUCAACAAUGUUGCCAAAGCCCAUGGUGGUUUCUCCAUUUUCUGCGGUGUUGGCGAACGUACUCGCGAGGGUAAUGAUUUGUACCAUGAAAUGAUUGAGACUGGUGUUAUCAACCUCGAGGGUGACUCCAAGGUGGCUCUCGUCUUUGGUCAAAUGAACGAGCCCCCUGGUGCACGUGCUCGUGUGGCGCUUACUGGCCUCACUAUCGCUGAGUACUUCCGUGACGAAGAAGGCCAGGAUGUGCUACUCUUCAUCGACAACAUCUUCCGCUUCACUCAGGCUGGUUCCGAAGUGUCUGCUCUGCUUGGUCGUAUCCCCUCCGCCGUCGGUUACCAACCUACACUCUCGACCGACAUGGGUGGCAUGCAAGAGCGCAUUACUACCACUAAGAAGGGUUCAAUCACUUCAGUGCAAGCCGUCUACGUGCCCGCUGAUGACUUGACUGAUCCUGCUCCUGCCACCACUUUCGCUCACUUGGACGCUACCACUGUGCUGUCGCGUGGUAUUGCCGAGCUUGGUAUCUACCCCGCUGUCGACCCCCUCGACUCCAAAUCACGUAUGCUUGACCCUCGUAUUGUUGGUCAGGAACAUUACGAGGUUGCCACCGCCGUCCAGAAGAUUCUUCAGGACUACAAGUCUCUACAGGAUAUUAUUGCCAUUCUGGGUAUGGAUGAGUUGUCAGAAGAAGACAAGUUAACGGUCGAGCGUGCUCGUAAGAUUCAGCGUUUCAUGUCGCAACCCUUCCAGGUUGCACAGGUCUUCACGGGUUAUGAAGGCAAGCUCGUACCUUUGAAGGACACCAUCCGCUCUUUCAAGGAGAUCCUUGCUGGUACACACGAUAACUUGCCUGAGUCUGCAUUCUACAUGGCCGGCACAAUCGAGGAUGUCAAGUCCAAGGCUGAGCAGCUCGCCAAGGAGAUAAGUGGCAACUAGAUGAGACAUAUGUACUCGCUCUACUUAUCGUAUAUUGCUGCUAUCCACGUAGAAUAGAGC